UUCUGUUUCCGGAGGGCCGCUCUUAGCGGUGCACCGCUCACCGGAUGUUGAUGUCGCACGUUGCCGCUCCGGACCCGAGCAGAACCCUCUGCGUGUAGCCGCGGGCCGCCGAUCAGAACCUCCACUUCGCGGUCAGCAUGUCGGUGUCGCUGGUCCGAAAAGGCCUGGAGCUGCUCGGGGACGAGGUCAAAGACGUGAGCAAAGGGAAGACGCAGAAGAAGAAGAAGUCGACCCCCGGCUCGGCCUCCGUGAUGCAGCUGGUGAGCACCAAGCGGCAGGGGGUCACCCGGCAGGUCCACAGGCUGCAGGGCCGCCUGGGGCCCGGCAGGAGCAAGGCCACCGUCAAGGACAAGAGGAUCAAGUCUGCAGUGGAGGAGUUCAGGAAGAAGCAGAAGAAGAGCCAGAUGAGCGCCAACCUCAAGUACUUCAUGGGCGACGACGACAAGACGCCAGACUCUGACACCCUGAAGAUCUUGAGCCACAUCCCCAGCAGACGGUCGAGGGAUCGUCCGGCGCAAGCGGCCAAGAAGGUCGAGGAGACGCAGUCUGUGUUCACAGAGAAAGAGUUCCAGCAGUUUCAGAAGGAAUACUUUGGCCGGACCGUCGAGAAGAAGAAAUGAAGCUCAAAUAAUCAAAUUGGAAAUGCAAACACACGUAUUCACUCGUAUAAUAAAUCUAUUUGCACAAAAACUGA